UCGAUGGAGAAUGGUUUUCGUAAUGAUGAUGGACAGCCAAGUACAAGCCAAGAUAGUCAAACAAGCUCAAGAACGACAAGUAGAAGUCUAAUUAGUUUAUCGCAAAGCGAAAUAAAAAGACGAAAAACUACUUAUGAAUUUCAAACAAGAAUGAGAGGUUUUCUACUUAUCAGUUUACGAAUAAUUCCAAAUUUAGAUGAACAAAGACGUGCUGAUCAGGGGUUACUUUCCGAAGACCGAAUUGAUGAAAUUUAUAUACAAGUCAAAGAACAAGGAGAGGACUUGGGAGAGGUCGAAAGCCUCAGAACAAUUAAAGCUGAUGCUCAAGUACUUCAACAACUUAUUCAAUUAUCAACAACUGAACUUGAUAAAUUGCGCGGAGAGACAGCAAAGACAAUGGACCCGGAUAUUUUCAUCACUCGUAUUGAAAAAUUCGCUUUGAACCAAUUUCCUCAACGUUAUCAAACUGAGCAUUCAUUUAUCAGCCUUGGAAGACGUUCAACCAGCUUACUACGUGAAAUACCAGAUUUUUAUUUUCUGCGUCCUUGUAUUGAAACAAAAAAUUCACCUCAACUUCCUGGAAAGCGUGAGAUUAAGAAAGUGCCUUAUACUCGACCUGUUAAGCGAGAGAUAAAGUCUAAAACGUUACAUCAACUUCAAAAGGAGACAGCGGCCACAGAGUUUUCUGUUUCCAAAGAGUUGGAUAAUGUUAGUCGACAACUUCGUGCCUUUUACAAAUCACAACGUUCAAAUGAAUUGGAUUACUACAAAUUUGUUUUAAAUCCUAAAAGCUUUGGCGAGACUAUAGAAAACAUGUUUUAUAUGUCUUUUCUGGUUAAAGAUGGAAAAAUUGGCUUAAAAAUGGAUAAAACAACUGGGUGCCCAAAAAUUGUGAAAGCUUCUCAUGCUGGUCGCGCAGCAACCAUGCAACGUAGCCAAUUGGAAACGGUUCAAGUUAUAAGCAAUUUUGAUUAUUCUACAUGGAGAUCUCUUGUCAAGAAAUUACAAAUUAAACAAAUGCCGAAGAAAUUCCAAGGUGAGAAUACGAAGGCUGCAGCUUCGAAAGCUCGAAAAGCAGAUGCAAAGGCGGCGGAAAAAGAGCGACAAGAUAGAGAAAGGGAGGAUGCUUUGUGGGCAGAUGAUAAUAAACACGUUCAGCGGAAAAUGCAGAGAAAGAAUGAUCAAGAACAAAAGCGACAACAACAAUUGGAUAGAAAAGUGGAAAAUCAAAAGGCCUAUGAACAAGAAAUGACAAAGCUAGCAGAAGUUGCGAAGUCUAGUACAGCUAAAUUCUCUACACCUGCCAAAGUAACACAAGCACAAAUUGAAAGGGAAAAAGAGCGAGAGGAAUUGGAAAGAAAAGAAUUGGAACAGAAACGUUUAUUAGAACAACAAAAAAUUGUUUCUGAACAACCAGAAUUAGUAGAGAACGUUAAUCGACUUCAAAUUGAAGGGGAUUCUGCAACAAAUGUCGACGAAGCAAUCCGAGUUUUGAGGGGAUCGGUUGAUGGUGCUUCAUCUUCGAUUGCUCAAGACCAACAUCCAGAAAAACGUCUAAAAGCUGCCUAUGCUACUUUUGAAGAGAAUCGCCUUCCGAGACUCAAAGAAGAACAUCCAACUCUCCGUUUAUCCCAGCUUAAGCAAUUACUAAAGAAAGAAUGGCAAAAAUCAGCAGAUAAUCCUUUGAAUCAGAAAAUUAUGAACAUAAUUAAAUGA